AUGGCACCUUUACAUCAGUGUGACUGUAGGGAGUCACGGCCUUACUUGGAACAUUUAAGAUCUCAACGUUUGUUACAGUUUCUCAUGGGCUUGAAUGAAAGUUAUAAUCAAAUUCGAAGUAGCAUUCUAGCUAGGAGUCCAAUUAUUAUAGUUAAUGAAGCGUAUGCCAUAGUGUCACAAGAAGAGAGCCAAAGGGCCUUAGAUGUUGUUGAUGACAAGAAGGAUGCAGUAACACUGCUAGCUGGGAAAUCAGAGUCUUAUAGGCCACCUUUUAAGAAGGAAUUGGACACUUCAAGCACUCCUCAGAGAUUUGAUCUGUUUUGUGAAUAUUGUGGAUAUAGAAACCACAAAAAGGACAAUUGUUAUCGAUUGGUUGGUUAUCCUCCUAGUUUUCAGAGUAAAAAGAGGGACAAUAACAAUGAUGGAGCGGGAACUUCUAGAUCUAAUAGAGGUGUUCAAAAUGAUGGCUCCAACUUAUUUGGGAACAAUCAAAAUCAUAAUGCUGGAUAUAGACCUCACGGUGGAUUUCAACAAAACUCAGGUGGAUAUAGACCUCCUAGACCUGCUACUAGAGGAGAUUCAUCAGGGACCAAACCUCAAGCUAAUACAUCUCACACAGCAGAGCCAUCAUCAUCUAAGGGCUAUUUCUUCAGUGACCAACAAUAUGAUCAAAUGCUGGAUAUGCUUGGGAAGAAAGACACACCUGAAUACUCUUCUAAUCUAGCAGCACUCUCCAAUGGCAAGGCCAUGGGGAUUGGUAGGUAAAGGGAAGGCUUAUACAUACUCAAGGAUUGCAUCCCAAGCACAACUGAUACAUCAGCUAAUAAUUCAACCAAGCACAUUAGCAGUGAAGAAGACGUACACUUUAUGGCAUUAUAGACUGAGACAUCCCUCUGGUGCAGCUAUGCAACAUAUUAAAUCUCUUCCUAGGAAAAUACAUCUUCAAGUUCAUGAUCACAGAUCACUGUGACAUUUAUCCAUUAGCUAAACAACAUAGACUUAAAUUCCCUGUUCAUUCUACCAAAGCUGUAGCAUCUUUUGAUUUAGUCCACCUAGAUGUCUGGGAACCUAUAAGAAAUCUACAUAUGACAUGAAGCAUUCCUUUGUUACCUUAGUAGAUGAUCAUAGCAGAUAUACUUGGGUUUGCCUGAUUCAAUCCAAAAAUGAAAUGUUUAUUAUGCUG